AUGGGGAAUAACCUGAGUGUGCCAGAGGAAGCUGAGGAUGACAACACCUGCACAGUGAAGAGUUACCAGCCCCUCUCCGAGUCUCCUGACGGUGUCACAAAUGGAUCUGUGGUGUUUGUUCAGACCCCUCCCCUGGCGGUGAAUGGUGAAGUGGAUGCCAGGGCGCCUGCAGGCCGGGAUAACGUUCCCGUUUCUUCGGCGGAGCCAGGCCCCGGUGCCCGGGCGGGCGGGCAGAGCGGCGGGAGCGCUGCCAGGAGGGCCCUGCCAGCUGCCAGGCCCCGCUCCCUGCUGGCCUUCCCCUGGGCCGUGCCAGCGCGUUCCGAGGAGCCGGCGGCGGCUGCAGCCCCCGGAGAAGCCACCCUUGAUGCCACCGGGCUGAACAAAGGCCCGAGUGAGGGCACGGCGGGGCCCGGGGCAGCUGCGCCGCAGGAGGGCGGCCAUAAAAACCCGGGCCAGGCCCCGCUGCAGGACGUGGAGCUCGCGGGGACACCUGAGGGACACGAUGUGGCCGCCCCAAAGGGCAAACAAGUGACGCUCUUGGACAGGAUCUUCAGGCUGGAGAAGGGCAAGGGAAGGACACGAGGGGACCCUGAGGAGGGAAGGCAGGGGCUGGACGUUCCCAACGGGAGCAUCGCGGCCGGCGCGCCCCACGGGGAACCGCUGCGCGAGGAGAUAGAUGAGUGCAGCCAAGAGGAGCUCGGGCAGGACUCUGCAGGUGAGCGGGGCCCGGCUGCUGCAGCACCUGGGAGGGCACGGGCACAGCAGGACAGUCCCCAGGCGGCUGCAGGACAGGGCUCAGUCAUGAGCUUCCUCAAAACACUGGUCUCCCCAAGCAAAGCUGAAGCCAAAAGUGAUUCUGAAGACAAGGGCUCCAAGGCGGAGAAGGGCCCUGGGGGACAGCCUGGCCCGAAGGCAGCAGCAGAAUCCCCCUCCAAAGGAGCCAAGAAAAAGAAGGCACAGAGCCCCAAGCUGGGCCACAGCACCUUUAGCAAACUCUUUAGGCACAAGGCUGCGAAAGAAACCCAGCAGACAACCAACACCAAAAGCCCUGAGCAGCCUCCUGUGACCUGUGUCAAAGCAGACAGAAAUGUCCCUCCCUCCCAAGAGGCGCCGGCCAAGCAGAACCCGAAGGCGCCGGAGGCCGCGGCCCCUCCGCAGGCAGUGAGCACCGAUCCCCCCCGGGAGGGCACCAAGGACAAGGGCUCGGCCACUCCUCUGCCCCUCAGCAAGCUCUUCUGGAAAAAGAACUCCUCGGAAGAAGCAGAGGCCGUGAGCAAUGAGAAGGCAGAGGUGGCUCUCGAGGCUGUGGCUCCCGACAGGGACGAGAGCAAGAGCACGGAAAGCACCGAGGUGAAACCGCGAGGGGCAGAGAGCAAAACGCCCAAGGCAAACCUGAGGAAGUUCUUUAAGCUGUCAGUCAGGGGUGAUGGAGGGACCCCCCGCUCCGAAGAGGGAGAUGGUCCCAGCCCCAGACACCACGGCUCCAAAAGGAUGUCGGAUGCAGAAGUGCAGACAGAUCCCGUGUCCAUCCUCCCUGCUGGGAAAUCCAAGUAGUGCCAGCUGCUGGAGGGAGGCUCAGCAGCUCUCUGGAGCUCCAGAAAUGACUCCUUUCUGGCAGCAGAAAUGACUCCUUUUCCUUCCCACGGCUGUCACAAACACCUGAGGCUGAAGCAAACACCGGGUACCACUGCAGGUUGUCAUGGCAGGGUUUGUCAUUUUGCAGGUUGUCUUUGCAGGGUUUGUCAUUUUGGAGGUUGUCUUUGCGGGGUUUGUCAUUUUGCAAGGUUGUCUUUGCAGGGUUUGUAAUUUUGCAGGUUGUCUCUGCAGGGUUUGUUCCUCACCUGUAGAAAGCUGCUCUGCAGAUCCUAUGAAAUGUGUUUAAGGUAAGGUGCUGUGGAUGGUUUGAAGUGUGCAGAGGGGAGGGUGAGUCAGGUACGAGGCUGGCAGGGAAUUCAAUAAAUGGCAGAAAAAGCAAGCAGGUGACAGAGGAAGGCAGCGAGGCACGGGCAGAGAAUCCUCCUCUUCAGAGAGCUUGAAAGCAGCCAGGAAAACACAAAUCCCCUGGAGAAAUGUUCUGCUGCAGUGUAACAACAGCCGAGUCACUUCUGGUGGGGUUUCGACAGAGCUGGAAUGAGAGCUGAGCCCUUCAGCCCGGCAGAACCCGUGGUGAUCGAGUCCUGCUUCCUGAUGGUUAUUAAUGUAAAUUAAAACGCUAAAAUGCAAAGGCUUGCCGUGAUGGGGGCAGCUCCUGUCUCGGCCGGCAGGGUGGGAUAACAAAUUAAAAGCUAUUUAAGGUUCUAAUAGGACACAAGAGGGCAGCCACGUCCCCUAACGCCGGGCUGUGCCUGCCAGCCCGGAAUUAAUGUUCCUUAGAUCAUAGGAAACUUAGUUGUUCAUCCUGAUGUUUGUUUGUAUCCAUACUUGUAAUUAAUCCUAAUAAAAAACCAAAAUCGAAGCUGCCCAGGCAGCUCUCUGCUUCACAAGACUCCUGUAAUAACUGUAGUUAAUAAAUUUUACAGAAAAUUAAGAUUUCUGUUUGUUCAAUCCUAGCCUGUACAGGGAACCAGGGGCUUGACACUGUAAUCCACACUGAUCUUAAUGAUGCAAUACUGUAUAUUUUGACAUCCUUAUCUUUAAAUAAACUAAUACUUAUCCUUUGAAACAAAAAA